AUGGGCAGCAUGGCUUUGCUGAAGAUUGUCAUACCCGCGGUUUGCUUGGGACAUGCUUGUCCCUUGCUCACGGGAGUAAUUCUUGUGGCACUAGGCCUUUGGGCAGUGAGAUUACAUCCACGGAAGACCUUGGACAUGAGCUGGCUGGACCUUCUGGCUUCUUUCAAGGCUUGCUUCACCCGUCGAGACCGGCAGAGUGUGGAGAAGCAGCUGCAACAGAUUUUGAGCCCGGAAGAGAUUGUGACCCUGUCGGUCCGUUCUGCCUUUGAUCUUCUGCUUUCAGCUUUAGACCUCCCAAGGGGUUCAGAGGUGCUGUUUGUGCCCGGCAUCACCAUUCCGGCCAUGGUUCAGCUCGUGGAGUUGCACGGUUUACAGCCGGUGGGCGUGGACCCUCUGUCGCCUCAGCAAAUGUUGCCAAGUCAACUGGAGCCCUUUGUGACCACGCAGACACGGGUGGUCAUCAUCUCUCAUCUAUUUGGAACCAUCCACAAAGCUGGACACUUGAUCCGGGAGGCGAAGGAUCUCGGGCUUCUCGUGGUGGAGGAUUGUGCGCAGAGCUUCCUGGGUGCGAUGCCCGCGAAUCGGCGUUCUCUAGCCGCUCCCUGGCCCAUGGGCUUUCGGGGCCACGAAAGUGCGGACGUUUGCCUCAGCAGCUUCGGGAAUAUCAAAACUCUCACGGCCUUGGGCGGAGGACUUGCACGCAUCAAAGACCCCAAAGUACGUGCUGAGAUGCAAGAGCUGCAGUCCACCUGGCCAACUCGUCGAACUUCCCACCGCCUAUUCACCGUGCUCGGGGCCUCUUUUUUCAAGCAGUUUUGCUUGACACCAUGUCUUUAUGGCUUGGUGGAGACUCUUUGUGCAACACUGGGGCUCGAUUUUGAUGGCCUGAUUGUUUCCAGUGUUCGAGGAUUCGGCAAACUGGAGUAUAUCCGGCAACAACCCUCCUUAGCUUUGCUGGAGUGCCUUCUUCGUCGACUUCGGGAGCAGCACAUGGCAUGUUUUGAGGACUCCUCCCUGCAAUCCUCCGUGGCAAAGAGGCGACGCGUGGCCAAAGUGGUUGUGGAGCGUCUCAGUGAGGAGGGCAUCGACUGCUUGACUUAUGGGGAUGGCAGCAAUGCUUGGUGGCUUCUUCCCAUCCUCUCAACCAAUCCAAAGAACAUGGCCAAAGACCUGCUUUCCUAUGGCUUUGAUGCGACCAACACCUCCACGCAACUCCAGCGAGUAGCAUCAAUAGCUACAUGCAAGUCCGCUGCUACAAGGCCCUCAGAUGGGAAGGACAGCUUGGAAGAGCAAGAGGAAAAACACAAACCUCAAGGUACCAAGGGUCGGAUCGGUGAGAUGACCAAACAGAAACGAUACAAGCUUGAAGGGCUUGAAGCAAGACAAUACUAG